CCUUUUUGUUCAUAUUGUCGCUGAUGGAUCCACCGACUUGCUCAAUCUGCGAAUAGCAUGUCCUUCUACUAUUAUUUUGCUAUUGUGGGUGCAACAGAUAAUCCUAUAUACGAGGCCGAAAUUGUGCCUUCUUCCCGAUCGUCUGCUUUUACGGAUGCCAAUCGCCGAGACGAUCAUAAACAUCUGAACCAGUUCAUUAUUCAUGCCGCCCUGGAUGUCGUAGAAGAAGUACAAUGGAACACUCAGGCAAUGUACUUGAAGUCGGUCGAUCGCUUCAACGAGCAUUUUGUUUCAGCGUUUGUUACAGCGGCCAAUGUCAAGUUUAUGCUGUUACAUGACCAGAAGUCGGAAGAUAGUAUUAAGAACUUUUUCAACGAAGUAUACGAGCUGUAUAUCAAGAUCCUCAUGAACCCAUUUUACGAGCAAAACUCACUUAUUGCUAAUCCACAGUUUGAUAAUCGUGUUAAAACUGUCGCAAGGCGGUUUUUAUAGCAAGAUUAUUUUCCACUUUAUAUCCCAAUAAAUCAACCAUCCCUCAUUUGACCGACUUCAACAUAAUCUGCCGUUAUCCACCAUGCAGCUGCCGUUCUCGACCAUGAACAGUUUGUACCUCAUUUGAUGAUACAUAUGGACAAGGCCAAUCCUAGAUCCUUCAAUUUGUACGGCUAUAUUUAUACAGGUAAAAAGCUCACCCAAUAACGCGAACACGGAAAGUUGGG